UCGAUUUAUGAGGAUGAUUUCGCUACUGCUCGGUUCUUUGUCGGCAAUGCAUCGGCAUGCUUCUCGACUUCGAUUCCACUGCUGAUCAACGAGGUCGCAUACCCUUCUUACCGUGGUAUCCGCGGAGCUCUGUACAGCUGUAGAUGGGUAANNUACGCUGGUGGACCCAUCGCCGCUUUCCUCACGUACGGCACCCGCAACAUGGACAACUCCUGGUCUUGGAGAAUCCCCUCGUUAUUCCAGAUCUUGGUACCUUUCCUCACUCUCCCUGGCCUGCUCAUGGCGUCUCAAAGCCCCCGAUGGCUUGUGUCUAUGGACCGUACUGAGGAAGCCCGUCAAGUAUUGGCCAAGUGGCAUGAUGGCGGCGACGAAAACUCACAGCUCGUCAACUACGAGAUGAUUGAAAUCACCACUACCAUCCAGCAAGAGAAAAGCGCAACCUCCAGUACCAGCUAUGCUGAGAUGUUCAUCACUCCUGGAUACCGCAAACGUCUGUUCAUCUCUGUCACUCUCGGUAUCUUCGGCAAUGGUGUCAUCUCUUACUAUCUGGCUAUGGUCCUAGAGACUGCUAGCAUGACCAGUGUCACCGACAUCACGCUGAUCUCUGGCUUCCUGCAGCUCUGGAACCUGAUCUGGUGUGUCGCCGCAGCGUUCUCAGCCGAUCGACUUGGUCGCAGACCUUUGUUUCUUACUUCGGCGGUCAUCAUGGGUGUCUCUUACGUCUUGGUCACCGGUCUAUCAGGCGCUUUUGCAUCCAACCAGAUUCCUGACGUCGGUAUCGCAGUAAUCCCAUUCCUGUUCAUCUUCUUCGCCGGCUACGACAUCGCCCUGACGCCUCUUCUCAUCUCAUACCCUUGCGAGAUCUGGCCAUACCGCCUGCGCUCCCGCGCUCUGACAGUCACGAAUGUCACGACCGUACUUGCCAUCUGCUUCAACACUUUUGUCAACCCCAUUGCCUUGGAAAGUAUCGUGUGGAAGGACUACAUCGUGUUUGUGGUCGUGCUGAUCGUCUACGGCGUCACGGUCUGGUAUGCGUAUCCAGAAACUCGAGCUUUCUCGCUUGAGCAGAUGGCUGUGGUGUCUGAUGGUGAUGCGGCUGGGGUACCUCAUCCUGCAGAGACGGUCGAGAGAUCUGGUAGUAUGGUAUCGAAGGGUGAGAAGGAAAGCGUUGUGCGAGUCGCAGAGGGUCUGGGGGUCCGUGAACCGUAA